AUGGAAGGGAUAUUUGGAACAGAUGGGAAUGAAGGCAUUGGGGGCAAUGUGACUUUGGGCAUGCCGGGAAUGGUAGGAAUAGUUGGUUGUGUUGGGAUGGUUGGAAUAGAAGGCAUUGGUGGCACGGCUGGUUUAGGGAGACUUGGGAUGGUGGGAAUUGAUGGCAUUGGUGGCAAAUUUGGCUUUGGUAAUGUUGGAAUAGAUGGCAUUCCCGGCAGAGGAGGAGGAGUUUUUGAGAAAAUACUGCCAAUGGUUUAUUUGGAAGGUGGUGGAGACAGGACUGGAAUGGUAGGAAUGGAAGGGAUCUUGGGGAUGGAGGGAAACGAAGGCAUUGGGGGCAAUGAGACCUUGGGCAUGCCUGGAAUGGCUGGAAUAGUUGGCUGUGUUGGGAUGGUUGGAAUGGAAGGCAUCGGUGGCAAAGAUGGCUUUGGUAAUGAUGGAAUUGUCGGCAUUCCUGGCAGAGGAGGUGGCAAGGACUGCAGCAGAUUUCGAGCAGCCUGGCAUUUUUGA